AUGAUACUGAGCCCAUUGGCUCAGCUUAUGAUCCAAGCUCCGUCGUUUAGUGGUGGAGAAUCUGGUAGAUUUUUAGGUGGUGGAGGAAUGCUUGGUCAUCAGAUGGAUGAUCUACGUAUGUUUGGUCUUCGGAGCUUUGAUCCAUGCAUGGUUCCUCCUAAGAGCAGGGAUAUGGGACUUCCAAGCAUCAAACAAGAGAUUCCACUUCCUCCAGAUGCAUCUAACACUUUAUUUGUGGAAGGGUUGCCUGCAAAUUGUACACGACUCGAAGUGUCUCAUAUCUUUCGUCCUUUUGUAGGUUUUAAAGAAGUGAGACUUGUGAGCAAUGAGUCUCUUCAUUCUGGAGGAGAUCCACUUGUCCUGUGUUUUGUUGAUUUUAUCAAUCCUGCACAGGCAGCAACUGCGUUGGACGCCUUACAAGGUGAACAAAAAAAAGCUUACUCUUCUUCUUUCUUCACUUUAUGUGAAACUUAG